AUAAAACAAUUCAGCUGCAGUUCGCUUUGUGCACACGCUCUGUUCUCGUUUAUAUACGCACUUUCUUGUUUCUUGUCUCCUUCACACUGAUUUUAUUUAGAACCUGAAGUGUCAACAUGUCUACUGAAAAGUGUUUUGCCAAAGGGAGUGCUGCACCUGGUCCGGUGCCCAGCGGCCACAUCAGACUUUACAGCAUGAGAUUCUGCCCCUUUGCCCAAAGGACCAGAUUAGUGCUGAGUGCUAAAGGGAUCAAGCAUGACACCAUCAACAUCAACCUGAAAGACAAACCUGACUGGUUCCUUGAGAGGAAUCCUCUUGGUCUCGUCCCAACUCUGGAGACAGCUGUUGGUGAGGUGAUAUACGAGUCUCCCAUCACCUGCGACUACCUGGAUGAAGUUUACCCCGAGAGGAAGCUGCUUCCUUCCUCUCCUUUUGGUAAAGCUCAACAGAAGAUGAUGCUGGAACAUUUUUCCAAGAUAACACCGUACUUCUACAAGAUCCCCAUGGGCAGAAAGAACGGCGAGGAUGUCUCAACACUGGAAGCUGAACUGAAAGAGAAGUUUGCCAAAUUAAAUGAGGACCUGGUUAAUAAGAAGACCAAGUAUUUUGCUGGCAAUUCCAUCACAAUGAUCGACUACAUGAUGUGGCCAUGGUUUGAGAGGUUGGAGAUCUUUGAACUCAAACACUGCCUUGACGAUACACCUGAGCUGAAGAAGUGGACAGAGCGCAUGUUGGAGGAUGAGGCUGUCAAAGCCACCAUGCACAGUGUGGACACCUACAAGGCCUUCUACAAGACUUACAUCGAGGGAAAGCCUAACUACGACUAUGGUCUGUAGAGAAGAAGUGAGCAAAAACUUAAACCGUCCUUCAGUUUUUGGUUGUCGUGUCUGCUUUUCUAACUUUGAUGCAAUGGAGAAAUAUAUGGUAGUAAAUACCACAAAUUUGGAUUCAGUGAGGAAAUUCUUAUUGGACAUUUAAGACCUUUUUUGUUAUUGAAGAAAAAGAACCAUGGGAAGGAGGUACAGUGAGAGCAAUCUGACUCGAGGUGUUUUCAAAGAUGCAGUGAUUUUUCUAAUAAAAAUUGUAGAUUCAA